AUGGAAGGUUGGAGUGGAGUUCUGAGAGUCCCACUUCACCCUGACAGCAGGACAUUCCAUAGGAUUGGUGCAUCACUCUACCUUUCUCCAGAAUCCAAAACAAUAUUUGAAGGGACUAGUAACCCCGUGAUUGAAAGGCUAUCAAAUGUACAGAAACUGUCUGAAAUUGUUGUGUCCAAAUUUGGUUCUUCCAUCAAUGCUUGGCAUCAGCGAUAUUCAUUGUGUGAUGAUUUUGGUCUGAACACUGUUGGGGCCUACCUAACUAACAAUGAUGUGUUUGAGAGACUCAUGCAAGAAGCUCCUGAACUUGUUUUAUCCUUCAUGGAACUCCAAGACAAUGGAGUGACAAGCGACGCUAGGCUCACCCGACCAUUUGGGGUUGUGGAAGAAGUAGCUUGCAAUCCCUCCACCGUUGGGAGAGGCUGCUCUGUGAAACCAGCCUCACGCUGUGCCCUCCACUCUAAGACAAGAUACCUAAGUCUUCACUAA